AUGCCCUCUCUCGCCGGAGUUCUUCACCCACUUCCUGCCGUUUCCGGAAUCCAGAUCGACGCCACGUGCGAAUCUGAUUCACUGCAGAUGAUCACCAGCUUGGUGCGGGCGCUAGUUGGUGACGUAGCGCGUGCAUCGAGAACCCAAGCGGUUUAUCACGGCUUCACCUUCCGCGCCCAACAGCUUCCGCCCACACUAUUCCUCACGACAUUGAUCAUCAACAAAAACCAAACACGAAUCGAAAGAACCCGACUAGUUCCCUUUUGUGUCCACCCGACAUUCGGAACCGUCGACAUGGCGCAGCAAAUCGAACUGCGCCAAGUAAAGGGCGGUCACGACCGCGAGGACUUGUUCAACACCCUGAAUGAGUACCUGCAGCCGCAGAGUUCGACUACCGCCUCAAGUGUUGCCAGCGCUGUUGCGAACCUCCCAGUGGAUAAGAACGAUAUUACCAGGACCUGGGACGAAGGAUUCUUUUGGGGCUUCUGGAGCGAUGUCAUCUCUGUCGCGGAACAGAUUCCGCACAAUCAUCCGGCCCAAGACAAGCUGGUCGCGUUCCUGAAAGAACUCAGCUCGUUGCCCGAUACUGGUGUUAAAGUCUGGGAUGCGCGCGUAUGGGCGGAUCUGCCCCUCAUGGGCGCCGCAUUCCGGGAACACCUCAAUGGCUCGCGAGUCUCCGGCGACGCAGAGACGCAAGCAGAAAUGGACCGUGCAUGGGUGUCUUUCCACGCCUUCGAAGCGAGGGUCAUCAACGCCGGAUUAUCACAAUCUGAGACCUUCGCGAUAUGGAUGCUACGAGCGGGAUUGGAGGAAGACCAGGCCAACUCCAAGACCUUCGAUCGGGACCUGAUGACCGCUGCGGUCUACAUCGAGUACGCGGGGCCGACCCUCCUCGAUCGGCUGGCCAAGAGCCCCGAGCCGCGACUCGGUGAGCAAGACCAGCGGAUGCUGAAGGGUGGCUCGUUGUUCUCCGGCAAGAGUGGUCUCACUCGUGAGAGGUGGAUGUUCUGGAUAGACCGGUUCCGAGAGCUGGCGGAGAAGACUACGGAUGGGGAGGUGAAGCAACUAGCUCUGCAUGCAGCGGAUCUGAUAGAAGAGGGAAGCAAGCAACGCCUGCAGGGUUGA